UCCAGGUCGCCGCCCCCGUCAGGAUGGGCGUGUGGGCGUGGUGGGUGGCGGGGGUGCAGGUGUGGGUGGCAGUGGUGCAGGUGUGGGUGGUGGGGUCCUCCAAGACCUGGCCUUGGACCCCGACGGCAGUCUUGGCUUCUGGGGCGAGACCCAAUGUUGUUGCUGAAGUCCCCGGCUUGGACGUGGGUCCGCUGGUAUCGGUGCGCGUGGCUCGCGGCGACACAGCCAGGCUACCAUGCAGGUACCCACGACAAGAUGACGACACAGUGAGCUUGGUACUGUGGUACCUCAACCACACCUCCAGACCCUUCCUCAGCUACGACGCCCGCGCCAGCCUGGAGAGCGGGGGCGUGACCGUGGGCGGAGGUGGAGGUGGGCGGGCCAGGAUGGUGCUCAGUUCAGGCGGGUCGUCUCUGGUGAUCAGGAGUGUUCACAGAGAGGACCAGGCUGAGUACCGGUGCAGUGUUCACUACCGUCUCUCUCCCACCUGGACCCAGAGACUCCUCCUCACUGUCAAAGAUUCCAUAUGGAUAGUGUCGGUGACGGACAGCACGGGGCGCCCUCUGGACGGGAGCAGUGUGGGGCCCAUGGCUGAGGGCUCCUCCCUCAGUCUUGCUUGUCAGGCGAACCACGGGUCUUCGGAGGUGGUAUCUCUGGCGUGGCUGCUGGACGGGGAGGAGAUAGACUCAUCGUGGGCGGCAGCAGAGAAGGGCGUGGCCAUCAACCAGCUGACCCUGAGUGACCUGCAGGAGGAGCACCGCAACGCCCACCUCACCUGCAGACUGACCGCCCUCGACCGCGCCCAGGCACUGGUGGCUCUCAACAUCACUGACGCCUCUAUCUUCAUAACUAUGUAUUAUGUCCCAGAGGCGACGCUGCUGGUGGAGGGAGGGAAAAGGAGUGCUGGAGGAGGUGGGAGAGAGGUCAUGGAAGGGAAGAGCAUCAGCUUCCUCUGUUCCGUGAGAGCCGACCCACCAGCCUACAACAUCACCUGGCUCCAUAACGGUCGUGUGGUGGUCGUCGGAGGUCGUCGCUGGCGUCGGGACAACGCCACACUUGUCAUCACACCUGUGAGGCGUGAAGACUCUGGCCUCUACACCUGUCUGGCCUCCAACACUGAGGGAGACGGACACUCCAACGCUGUCCUCCUCAAGGUCGCUCACUCACCGUACUGUGCAGGGACGCCGCCACACAGCCACCUGGUGGUGGCCUCCAACACCACCAUCACCCUCACCUGCAGGGUGGAGGCAGUCCCUCAGGAGGUGAACUUCACCUGGAGGCUCUCAGCGCCCCCUCCCGUCCCCCCGCGGGGCAAGGGGAAGGACUCUCGCGGGGGGGUAGUGACGGGGGACGAAGACCCCCCUGGUCCACGGCUCCCCAGCCUCAUAGACCUGACCCCAGGUCACCCUCCAGACCCCGAGCCCCGGGUCACACCCGCUCCCAGGCCCUGGGACACGCCCCUGCCAGACUCCUGGGAAGAUACGGGUGACGGUGACCUGGCCGGGUCACUGUUGCGUCACCGUCUCGACCCGUCGUCCCCUACCCGGUCUGUCGUCACUCUCACCCCGACGUCGCCCGUCCACGUCGUCUGCUACGCCAGGAACCGUGUCGGACGGACGCGCGUCCCUUGCACCUAUACCCUCACCGUCGUGGAGCCGCCCCAGCCGCUGAAGGACUGCAACGUUACUAUGGUGGGAGAGACGCAGCUGGUGGUGAAGUGCGACGCCCACACCCGCAGCGCCCACGAAGACGCCUCGCACGCCCACCUCUCCCCCAGCGCCAGUUUCGUGUUGUCACCUGAAGCCAGCGCCCGAGCCAACCUGGAGGUGUGGUCUGGAGGCACCCUUAUAGCCAACGUGAGUGAGGGUCGACCCGUGUUCACAGUGAGGGGCCUGCCGCCCGCCGCCAGCCUCAAGCUCGUCCUCUACUCGGCCACCGCCCACGCCCGCUCCACGCCCAUCUACAUGCACGCCCGCACUCUCCCGAGAACCACAUUCCACCUCACAGUGCCGCCGCUGGCAGAGUCCGGCAGCCCUGAGCCAGGCAGAGAAGCGCCGCAGACGGAGGUGGUCAGCAGUGGGCUGAGCGGUGGGCUCGGGGUGGCUGUAGGUGGGCUGGUGGGCGGUGUUGGGGUGAGCCUGUUGGUGCUGGUGCUGGUGAUACUGGUGAUGAGACGACGACAACAGCGGAGAGCCAGGGAGGACCAGCUGGUGGCUCCUCCCCUGCCCGAGGACCCAGCAGUGAAGCCGCCUCACCCCGAGGUCGAGGAGGAACUGUCUGUAGUGGGCCCCAGCCUUGAGCUUCCCUACACCCCACGUCCGCCCCACACCCCACGACCCCCACACACCCCACGACCCCCACACACCCCACGGGCCCCCCACACCCCACGGCCCCAAACACCACGCCUACAGACGCCACACCCACCUCUUACGCCGCCCUCAUCCAAGAUGGCGAGAGGCAGCAGCGAGGCGGUGGCCAGAGGCAGCAAGGAGUCUGUGGUGGAUGCCUCGGGGUCGAGUGUGAGCCAGGAGGGUGGAGGAAGGACCAGUGUGACGGGCGGGUCUCCCAAGGUCAAGUGAGGUCAUUCCUCUCCUACACUUCAUCUUGUCUACUCUCAACUCGCCGCCUCCUCCUCCUCCUCCUCUCCUCGUAUACCCUACCUCUCUCUAUCUCUCCCUUUCCCUCACCUUCCAAACAUCAUUUUCUCUAUUCUUUUUCGUGUUUUCAAUGUUACUAUCUAUACUGCUUCUCCACAUUUCUCCCAACGUCUCCUAUAUCUCCGUGCAACUUUUCCAUUCAUAUAUCUUUAUACCCCAAGCCCUUCACCUCUCCCCUGUCUCAGCAUCCCUCAUCUCUUCCCUUCCCUCCAUCUAUCUCACCCACGCCCCUCACUACCACUCUUUCUCCUCACCCCUCUCCCUCAAGUCCUCAUUCGUCGCCAUCAAGAUUUACUGCGUCAAGACUCGUUAUUGUUGUGUCCUGGUGGCUGGUCGCGGGGGCCAACUUGUCUAUAUUUUGUAAUAAAGCUUUUGUAUUCCUUUG